UAUGAAUUGGUCUUCUUCUCUCUCUACUUUCUCUCUCUAAACCAUUCUCUCUCCCUCAAACAAAUCUCUUGUGUUUUUGUAUUAGUUUUGUAAUUCAUAUAAUAAUAAUAUAACCAUCAUCUUUUAGGGGGAAAAAAGCCAACAAAAACCAGACAAAACAAUGGCUGCUUGUGGAAGCCUUCAACACAUCUUUGAUAAUAAGCCAUUAGACCCCCCACCACCUCUUCUUCAUCCCCUCUCUUCAUGUAAACACAUCAAUUCUCUCGAAGCCCCGCCCACCGACAUGUUUUCGGGAUUCAAUCUCGGAAAGAAACCCGACUCCGUUCCGUCCUCACCGGAUCAUCAUCACCGCAGCAUCAGCCUUUCGUCAGCAAAUUCAGAAAGCUUAUCGGAAGCUCUCGGUUUCGAGAGCUUCGACGAUAUAGAAGAGCUCCCUGAUGAUGAAUGGGAACAACAACAACAACAACAACAACAACAACAACAACAAAGUUUUGGAACGACAACGAAACAUGCGAAAUCGGAGGUCUUGGGGGAGACGAAGAGGUCGAGGAUUAGCGGGAAGGAAAUCCCACCACCGAUUUCGUCCAUCGGGAGGAGGGUGUGCUUUGAAUCUUAUCGAUAUAAUGGCAGACUCAUUCUUAAGGAGGUAAAGAUCCCAGCACAAGAACUCCUGCAUGCAUACAGAGAAGACGGACGACUGAAACUGCAAUUUAUUCAGUUUGAUGAUGAACGAGAGGUCAAGAGGGAAAACCGAGAAAAAUUCGGUAACGACAAUGACGGGAAAAAUGUGAUUAGAGAAGACUCACCAUAAGCAGCAGCAGCAGCAGCAGGCUUAAUCAUAUGCCAAUUUGUAAAGUUCUAAAUCUUUUCUUGAAAAAUAACUAGAGUGAUAUAGGAAGUGAAUUUUAUACCUUAUUGUUUUAGAUAGUAAUUUCAUUCUCUAAGAUAACUAGUGCUCUUAUGAGCUGAAUGAUACUUACAACCUGUAUAUAUAUACACACACAUACAUACAUACAUACAUACAUACAAUAUGCAUAUACAUAUAUAUAUAUAUAUACAUAUAUGCAUACAUGUUCAUCUUCAAACCAAAUUUCCUUCUUUCCUAAGCAUUUUGUUCACAAGUCCAGAUGUAAUAAAAGUUCCAUAGCUUCUCUCUCUGUAACUUAAAAAAUCUAGGUAGAUACUUCCAGUACAAUCUUCUAUCCUUUUUAAGAAUGCUUCC